AUGAUUCAUUUGCACUUUCCGCUUGCACAACUCUCUGAGACGUUCGACCUUCUCGAUGUCGAUAAAGAUGGUUGUCUGUCGCGCAACGAAAUCGCAGCGCUUUUUCGUAGUAUGAAAAUGGAACCAACUCGUGUAGAAUUGGACUUCAUUUUCAAGGAAAUGGAUGCCGAUAAAACUGGUAAAAUCGGAAAGGAAGAGUUUGUUCGAUAUAUGCGUUGUCCACCUAUUCAUCGCACAACACUUAAGGAACUCGAAAAGUAUUUUCGCAGUUUUGAUGCUGACGGUGACGGUUCGAUCACCGAAGAGGAAAUGACUCGAAUUCUUCGUGAAACAACAGAUCUCAACGAUGCAAAUGUAAUUCACGAUAUGUUCGUAGCCACCGAUACAAACGGCGACGGUCGGAUCACAUUUGUGGAGUUUGUAAAAAUGAUGCAGGAGUAG